AAAAAGCACAAACAUUAAAGAAAGUUUUGUAUCGUAUGAUUCUUUUUUUUCACAUUAAAAUCUUUUUAAAAUAAAUAUCUUUAAAAUAUAAUCAUAUUGUGAUGAUAGAAAAGUGAUUAUAACUAAAUAUAGCAAUGGAUUACGAUUAUUAUCCGUUAAAACGACAUGUUGAUACACACAAUAGGAUAUUUAGAGGAAAAAUUUGGUGCAUACAGGACAUUUGUGGUAUCAUCUGUGCCGUAUUAACAUGGUUUCUAAUUGCCUAUGCAGAGUUUGUUGUCAUGAAAGUUAUGCUUUUGCCGAGUCCCUAUUUUUACUAUCGUUACAUUAACAUGAUAUUAUUCAACUGUGGAACGUUUUUAGCAAUAUCGAGUCAUCUUAAAACAAUGUUUAGUGAUCCUGGUGCUGUUCAAUUGGGGAAUGCAACAAAAGAGAAUAUUCAGUUAUUGGGAUUAAGGGAGGGCGAAAUAAUAUUUAAAUGUCCCAAAUGUAGUAGCAUUAAACCAAAUCGAGCACAUCAUUGCUCCGUGUGUAAGAGAUGUAUCCUCAAAAUGGAUCAUCAUUGGUUAACAAUUGCGUUGGCGAAAGCACCAAAAAAGAUGAAUUUCUAUGCAAUAUUCUCGAUGUUCUGCAUGCUCAUCAUUUCCAUUAAGUGCUAUGAUCCAACGGAUAAAGAAAUUGAGACAAUAAUUCCAAAAGAUGGUGACUUUGAAGCAUUUUACCCACGUGAAAUGAGCGGAAUCAGCAAUAGCGUCGCGAGAGCACCACACGCUCAUGGAAGUUUCUUCCAACAUCGCAAUCCGGCUUUGGUCGAUAUUAAAAAUGCAGCCGCUUAUGGAUUCCGUUUUGAUGAGUCACCAAUCUUAUCAACAUUCUUAACAACCACAACAGUUCCAAUCACAACAACUCAAGAAACCACAACAACAGAAGAAAUUCCCACAGGAGGAGGCUUACCAAAUAACAUUUGCUCACCAUACGUCGGUCAAUAUUUAAGCUUGAGUUCUUCAGUUAGAACUAAAAUUUUUGACUUCAUCAAUGCCAACCAAAGAACAAGUUUUGAACUUCUUGGACAACAGACAAAGACUUUUAUUGAAAGUUUAUUGUUCAAUGGAGGACUAUCAGCUAGUGACUUAAUAAGUUUGCAAAAGUUCAGCACAGAAGAGAUGCUUCCAGGAGUUUCUACAAUUAUUUGCUUCUUGGCUUAUGAACUCGAUAAAAUGCCUGCUUCAGGAUAA